AUGUUCCAGAGCUACAUCUCUCACUAUCAAUCAGAGGAGGAGAGGGAAGAGGAGGUCAAAGAAGCUGUGGAUGGAAGAAACCAGGACAUUGGGGUAGUGACAGCCAAGAGACCAGCUGCUCCCUCCCAGACCCUUUCCAACAUCCAAACCAAGCAUGGUUGUCCCUCUUUUUCAUAUCACUUGUGCAUUUUCCUUAAUAAAUUUCUUACUAGAGGAGAUUCUAUACCUUGUACUCAAGUUGGCAAUGCUUUUCUUCCUUUUGAUAAGCUAGAUAUUUGGCAUUCUUUUAAAUUCUCACUAGAUACUCUUGGGAACGACAUAGAUGGCCAGAAAGGUAUAGAUUUAGUCAGGGCACAACCAGGUAGAGGAGAGAGUCCAGGGAGGUUUGAUGUGGUGGUGGUCACUCACAAGGAUGGGGCUGAGUCUACUGGACUUCAUGGAAUGAAAGUUGGUAGGCUGAGGCUUAUAUUCCGCCUUCCAGAAAUAAUCGGCCUUUAUAAUGAAGCUCCUGCAGUCUGGCCAAAGCACCAUUUUGCAUAUGUAGAGUGGCUAACUGUGUCCCGUUCACCUGGUGCCCAUCACAAUAUGUACUCAGUUACCAAGCCUCUCCCUUUGGACACUACUGGACACUUGCCUGGUGAUAUUGUCCCUCUCUCUACUAUACAACAGUCUUGUCAGCUUAUACCACACUUGGGAGCUGGUGUAGGAUGGCCUGAGGAGUGGAGAUCUAAUAGUGUACUUGAUGCAUGCUCCACUUUUUUGCUUAACAAUUGGUCUAGUAAGUAUGUGUAUCAAACCCUAUGGUAG